ACACCCAAGCUGGUGCUAUGAGCACAAGGAACGUGUGGUUCGUGAAAUAGAGCACCUAUGCGUGCUGAGCGUUUGGAGGCACCCGUUCAUUGUGCGGAUGCUGGACGUGGACCUGCUGCCCGGGGGCCUGGCGCUAAUAAUGGAGUACCAGGAGGGAGUCCAAACGCUGGACAAGCUCCAGGAAACGCACGGCGGGCGGCUGCCGCAGUCGGUGGCUCGGGAGCUGUUCCUGCAGCUCAUGAUCGCCAUCGAGUUCUGCCACCGCAUCGGCCUGUCCAACCGGGACUGCAAGAUCACCGACCUGCUUGUGCGGGUGUGUCCGGCCAGUGGCGACGUGCGGCUGCAGCUGGCGGACUUCAGCUUCGCCAAGGACGCCGACAAGGACGAGGACAGCAACCCCAUGGCGCAGCACGGCUCGGCGCUGUUUGCGGCGCCAGAGGUGAUCACCGCCAGCCACGCGGCGCGCUACUCGGGCCCCAAGGCCGACAUCUGGUCCUGCGGCGUGGUGCUGUGCACGCUGCUGUUCGGCUGCCACCCGCACCUGGCGGCGGCGGACCUGGACGCCGCGCCCGGCGACCAGAUCCUGCUCAUCCUGCAGAACGCCGUGGCGGGCCGCAUCAUGGUGCCGCGCGAGGAGGCGGCGGCGCAGCCCGAGGCCGCCGCGCUGAUGUCCGCCAUGCUCACCGUGGACCCCGCCGCGCGCCCCGACGCCACCGCCGUGCUCAGCCACCCCUGGCUGCGCGCCGGGCUGGGCGGCAGCGGCUCCAGCCCCGAGCUGGCCGAGCUCAACAGCGGCCUGCUGGGGGACGGCCGGCUGCGGGCGGAGGCGGCGGCGCGCGGGGCGGAGGUGCGGGCGCGCGUGGCGGGGCUGCUUGACUCGCUGCUGGGCGGCGCGGGCCGGGGCAGGGGGGCGGGGGCGGCAGCGGCGGCGCGGACGUGAGGCGGGGUGGGAUGGAGGGAUGUGAGGUGUGGAGGGGCGGGGUGGAGCUGACCCGAGCUGGACGGACAGAGCCAGGCCAGUAGGCGGCAUGGGCUCGUAAUCCUCCCAGUGGGCCCAUGGGCUCAUGGUGUGCGGCAUGGGCGUGGAGUUGGACACUGCAGGUGUAGCGAUGGUGGAUGAGCCGGGUCCUUGAAUGGUCUUUGAAGGAGGGGCCACCGAUGGCUGCGUCGCGCGGCCACCCCUUGCAGAGCUGACCGGGCGCCGCCCUGGUAACGCAGGGGCGCGCCCGUGGAGUGCGGCCCUCGUGCUGCAUUGACUAGCGCAAACUCAAUCAUUGUUUCGGAAUUAAACCUCGAAGUCACAUGGUGAUUGGCUUGAGAUGCCAUUUUGUGUUCACUGUCCACUGAAUUACAACUGAUACGGCUGUGUCUAGGGAAGGAGGUGCGGGCAUGCCCUUGUGAUGAGCUGCACGUAGGGUCUGUUGCAUUGUGCCCUUGUCAUCGGUGUCGCCUUGACAAACCUCAUACUAUAGUCGGGUACUGCCGAACAUUUUAGUACCUGAAGGUGUGGUGGGCGCCGUCUAGGCGUUUGGGAAGUGACGGUGGUCGGUUGCUACUGCUGAAGCGGAUGAAAAGGGGCGCAGGCCGGGCUGAGCGCAAGUGCGGGCAUUGGUGCUGGUUUGACAGCGGGCUUGCUUGGUACUGCCUAAAAAUGCUGCGUAUUCUGCGCAAAUGAGCGGCCGAUGCAAAGGCGCAGCUCAGAACUACAUCGGAAGCAAAUUUGAUAUACAUCAGGAGGAGCGGGAGGUUGGGACCAGAGCUGCUGCAUAUGGGAUGAGGCGCGGGCCGUGGUGGCGGAGGUACCCAGCAGUGAGCCAGCACGUGGGUCACCGCACCGCAGUGGGUAGUGUGGGGCAGUGCAAGAGGUGGACUGAGCGCAUUGAUAAAUGGCGCACAUUAUGGCGCCCUGAAAAGCAUCCGCAGGCCGCAGCGGCCAGGCUUCUUUAACCGUUGGCUGUCGGUACGCAUGUUUGAUCGUGUUCAUUUGCAUGGCGGCGCUGGUGGUUGGGUGUGGGACGACACUACAGGCCAAAGCGCUGCAGGCUCAGUGUCGCUGUGAUGGGAGUACUGUACCGAAUCUUCGAAUCUCGAAAAGGGAGAUGUUGUAGACCUGGCGGCUAUAUGUGGUACACGGACUCGGGCACUUUGUGGUGGUUGCGUGAUGUGUGUGGGGGUUUCUUUUCACCUAUCUCAGCGCGGAAGGGAAGCAACGACAUUGGUUUGGUCUGCUAGCCAAGUAACGGCCAUGGCACAAAGGCUGAGUUCGGAGGUCCGGUGUGGCGAGAGGGAAAGCAGGCAGCUCACGGGUGGCCCUGACACACUUGCGCAUAAAGAGGCAGAGCAGUUGCAUGCGGGCCGGGCAGGGCCGCGGUGUGGGCCAGAUUGCGAGGGGGAGGAAAAUGGUAGCAACGAGUAGCGAUUGCCAGGUUGUGUGUUGGGGGGUCCAACACCUGGGCCUGGGCAUGGGAGGGGGGCAGUGUGGCAAGAUGAUGAGUGGAACGCACGACACGCAGCGGACAUUUUGGAGACUCGACUGUCGGCAGGAUGAGGGACGGGGGCGGCGCCUGUUGCAAGCGUGUGAGGGAGUUCCUCAGAUUACGGUUACAGGGCGAGGCAUGAGUGGGAGAGAUGGUACUUCAAUGCCAACUGCCGCAACGAACGUGCAUGGGCUCGUAAGUCUGUAGAAUAGUGCAGUAUGCGCCGCAUGUUUGUGAGGCUACAAGAGGGGGUGUUUUGGGUAUGAAAGGUACGUAUGUUUCGGACUGGAGUGGUUUCGGACGUUUGGCUCCUUCGAUUACAACAUGACGCGGGAGACGCCAUGAUGGCAAGCGUGUGGUGUUGGCGCUUGACUCCUUGAGGACACACGGCAUGCAGCCAUAGCACGACGCGACGUGGCAAUGCAGCCGUGCGGGAGGGAACGGAAGAGCGUGGGGGAAACGGAAGAAGGCGCUGUGAAAGAGGGGAGCGGUAAUAACCCCGUGUAGUGUGCACGUCUCUCAGUCUGUUCUC